AUGAAGAAGGCCACAGAACUACCCUACGCUGCAGAUGCGGAGGUGUCGCUAUCGUACGAUGAACUGGACGUCCUGAGGUUACAGUACGAACGCGAACUGGCGCAGUCGCACGUAACCGUGCAGACCAAGUUCAACUAUGCCUGGGGUCUCGUCAAGAGUCCGCUGCGGGAACACCAGGUGGAAGGCGUCCGAUUACUGCAGGAGAUAUACCGCGCAGAGCCCGGACGACGCAGAGAGUGCCUCUACUACCUCGCGCUAGGGCACUACAAGAUGGGCAACUACGAGGAGGCGCGCAAGUUUAACGUGCUCCUUCUCGACAAAGAGCCCCAGAACAUGCAGGCGCAGAGCCUCGAGUCGCUCAUCGAGAAGAAGGUGCAACAAGAGGGCUACAUCGGGAUGGCACUCGCCGCUGGUGCAGCCGCCGUCGGUACCCUCCUCAUAGCGGGCCUAGUACGACGCGCUCGCAAAUGA